CUGAUUUUCUCCGAUACCGUCACACCUUCCUUCCUCGCACCUCAACAACAAUCAAUAUGUCCAAACCAGACCCUCUAAGCUGGACCUUACGGUUCAAGAAGCACAAAACAACGGUAUUGCUUAUGAUCCCCGCACAGGAAUCAAUCCAAUCCACAAAACAAAAGCUUCUGCACGCCCUCCACGAACGCGGCAUCAAAGAUAUCAACGGCGACGCAGUCCCAACAGACCAUUCGGAUAUCGAACUCGGCGUCCCCAUCGAUCGCAACCACCUUAAUAAAGGAUGGGUAGGCUUGGAGGGUGCUGUCGAUGAGAACAGCAACGGAUCAGGAAAGAAGUCUGGAAAGAAUGGCUCAUCUGGUAGCUUGCAGGCAGCGAAUAUCCGCAAUGGCCAGCCCAUUGCCUUUCGCUUCAAGACAGGCUCGGAUGAUGACGAUGAGGAUCCCAAAUGGGACGUGGUGAUUCCUGCCUUGGAUGAUGAGGAGCCGGAAUGAUGGUCUACAUGCGAUGCUUAUGAUUUAUGUAACACGCUUUUGGCGUUAAGGGCGUUUAUUACAGGGAUUUCAGAUAUAUGAGGAUAAGUUCUGGCCCGUUAUAAUUUCCUUUCCACCGCCGAGAAGGGAGAAUGAUUCGGACUGAUUCGAGUUACUCUAAAUCGCAUCGCUACAAAUGUAAUAAUUAAUCGAUGGAGCUUACGGGAAAUCCACAGCCUAAUGUACCGGGGAAUUCCAUCAUGGACUAUCCAACUAUUGGCCAGUAUGUAGUUUCGCAUGUCUUGAAGCUUAAACAUGAGCAUGGCAAAUUGGCAAUGGUACAUGUGAAGGACGUGGAGAUGCAUGAGGAAUCGCGUGGAAUUAGGAAAUAGCAUGAGGAAGCUCGCCAAGACAGUUCGUUGUGUGAG